UGUAAAGCGGUUGUUGCGUAUUGUUUACUGUUCGAAGCCGCACGACUGCGCACAAUUGCAGCAUGAUUUUCUUCAGUUUCGUGAUCUCGUCGCCGGAGGAACUCGACAACUAUCCAGAAGAAUGACAAUAUUCAAGUACAAGAGAAGACGUAGUGAUAUUUGCCGCCAUUUCAGUGAUGUGACAUGUUUAAAUUGCUCUACCUCGUCUUGUAUUCUAAAAUUUUGAAUCGGUAAUUACGUUUUGUGUCAAGUCUGGAUAUAGUGUCAGCUUGAGCAUAAGACAAGUGAAUAUUACUAUAUAUUAUCAUAUAUAGAUAUUCUUUUUCUGAACUAAGGUCUCUAACUCGUCUGGCAUUAUAAAAUUUUGAAUCGGAAACUAUUAUAUCAUCGAAAUCUAAGAUAUAGCAGCUGUUUAUGGGCAAGACCGGUGAUUUUGUUACUGUGUAUGAUCAAAUGUUGAUAUUUCCUCGAAAAAAUAGGAAUCUAACUCACCUGCUAUCCGUAAAUUUUACUAUAUUGUUUAUAGUGUUGGAUAUAACAGCUGCCUGCUUAUAAGACAGACGAUAUUGUUUUAGUACAAUAUUAGCUGUUAAAAGAUUUUCCACAAGUAAUAGAUAAUAAAGGUCAUAGAAAUAUGCUUCUAUAAAAUAAGCAAAGUGUUUAAAUUAACAGACUACUUGGAUUUGCAUACACAACAAAUCCAAUAAAAUUUUGUUUAUGGUAAAUAUUUCUUUACCAAUUUAACUGGCCAGUUUAUUUUAUCUUAUCUUCUACCUUGUGCAGCAUUCGUUGUAUAUUACAUGUGGAUUCUUAUAACAUAUUGGUGUCGGUGAAUGAUUUAAAUUCACCAAACUUUAUUAGCUAAGACCAGUAUUUUACCAAGUGCUAAUUUAAGCUGGAUGUUAAUGCAUGAAAUGCCAUAUCGGUAAACCAUGUCGCCGUCACAAAAAUCGGUUUCUAACAAGCCAGACACUAACAAAGUACUGCUAAGCAGGGGUUUGGCCAUAGUUCUCAAAAGGACUGGAACUGUCACCAAUGAAAAUACAAAAAACAAUAACAAAAAGAAAAAUCGUCGCCAAAAUCGCAAGGAAUUGGAGAUAGACAAACCGUGUAAAGGAUGCGAAGAAAUCGCCGAAUAUGAGUUUGGACCAGAAGUGUUUAUGGACUGGACCCGGGAAAACGGGGAGUGUUAUUGGAACCCUUGCUUGGUGCAGAGUGUGAAAAGUUUGGAAUAUAAGGGUUUCGUGAGACCGACUACUUUGUUGGUGGGGGGUACAGAUUAUUCUUUGGAAGUAGUUAGGUCAGCAUGGGGUCGAAGAAUGCUAAGGCCACCUAAUGGAUACGAUAUUGUUUUAUUGGGAGAUUUGGACCCGGUGACUAUGAACUUAAUUGCGCAGACGCAGUUUGCACCUUUACCAGAAGCAUUAUGCAAAGUGGUUUAUGACUUAACAUCAGAAGGAAUUAUCGCAUCCAUGCAAGUCAUCAGCAAGAGACUAAAGACUACCUUUCCAGAACUGACUGUACCAUCAGAUGACAUUCUUUAUAAGACUCUAGGUACCCUCAUAAAAGAACGGAAACUAUAUCAUACAGGAUCAGGAUAUUCAGUAGUUACACCUGAUACAUUCCGUCUACUAGCCAUGUCACCUCCGCUAGAGCGACAGAUGCUGUUAACUAAUGAAGAAGCUAUAGUCCGGUUACACGGUACAGCGUACGCAGUGGACGAUGGAAGAACAGCUUGUACGCAAACAAAGCAGCAGGAAAUAUUAACAGCCUGGUCCUCAGCUGAAAGAAUAGUUGAACCUAGGAAAGGGGUCGUAAAUGGUAAAUUGAAAAGGUGCCAUUCUUUGAAGCUCCUGAGGAGCAGAGACAAGGAAAAACUGUCCAGAAGUAACUCUUUCAAGUCAACUGGGACAAGCCCUGGGCCUCAUCAGGAUUUCAGGAGUGAUAACGAAAACACUGAGAACAUUAAAAAAGAGAAAUCUCCUUCGAUGUUUAGUAAGUGGUUCCGCCGUGGUCGUUCUGAUAAAAGUCGAGCAAAAUUGAAAGGAACGUCUUCGUCGACUCAAUUUCCGCCAAGAGACUGGAGUGAUCCUGACUAUGUCAUUUUCAAUUCCAGAGCAACGCAGACAUUAGAUCGCAAUGAAGUCGAACACAGGAGUAAAGGUCGCUCUAGUAGUUUGAGCAGAGCAUAUAACAAAGAUCGUCAUUCACAGCAUCUUUCAUCUACUCCUGCAACACCUCGCCCAACCAAUCGAAAUAGCAAUCGCCAACAUACAUCCGAUAUUUAUCAUUAUCGCUCAUCCAGUUUAAGCAGAAAGCCAUCUCCGUCGCCAAAACAAGAAAUACCGUUGCCUCCAAAUUCUCCAUCAAAAUCUCCUCGCCAAGUAACAUCACCGAAAGCCUCGGAAGAUCGUGUCAAAAUUAGGCCAAGGUAUGAAUCUCCAUUUAGUCCUUUCUCAGCAAGACGCAAAGCGCAGUCCAUGUUAAUGGCCAAUGAGAAGUACAAUAACGUUUCUAAUGGUACUCCUACAACCUUUAAUGGAAAAGUUAAUCCAUAUCAAUCUACUGACAUAAUAAAAGCUUAUCCCAUGAACAAUCAGCCAUCUUUGAACUCGUCUCAAUUGAAAAAGACUGAUUUACCAGCCGGUUUGCGUCGACCUACGUCACUAGUUUCUAAUUUGCCUCCGCCAAAUAUUGCUGUUAGUGAGCCAUUAAAGCAACAACCGUCCUUGCGUGUAAUGCCUCGUCUAUCUUUUACUCCAAAAGAAACAUCUCCGCAAAACAAAGGAUUGCCUACAACUCAAACAUCAACUAAAUCUAUUGUUAGUAAUGUAAAAAGCACAGAGACUGUAACUAAGACAUUGCCAGUGAAUGGAAAAGAGAUAAAACUUGGUACUACCGUUGAUGUUGAAAUAAGCUUAGGCAAUAACAGAACUCUCCUCAAUAAGAAAGAGCCACUGACUACAGAUUUGGAUCAUCCAGUAAAAAAUGACCUUUUGAAAAUCGCCACUUCAUGGAAUCAGUCUAUCAAGAGUAAUAAUGCAAAGCUCAGUGAUCUCAGUAAUAAAACUAGUACUGGCAUUCCAAAACUGACCACAACGACGAAUAUCACAACCAGUCUCACCCAUGGACCUGUUAAAGAUGGCCAGCGCACAGUAAAUAAAUCAGAAACUGUAAUAAGUGAUACUUUAAAACGAAUUCCUGCAAAUCAGGGUACUACUUUACUGGACUGUGUGACCGGCAGGGAUUCACCCGGGAAAGACACUGUUUUCAGUAGUUCGCCGAGAUCAACGAUGACAUCCGAUGCAAAAUCGGAAUUCUUCUCUGAGUCGCCAAAUACUACGACUGAGGUUCACAUUUCCAAGGAUGAUAGUGGUUUUUCAUCAUCUGCGUCAACUUCGAGGCCAAUGAGUGUUAGUCCUUGCUGAGAAUCUGCAAUAAUGAAAAACGGGCCAUUAUUGAAAUUUCAAUCGUCAUUUUAAAGGAAUUUGUGUUGUAUGAAGGAAGUAAAGAUUCAGGGUGCAAAAUAUUUGGAAAGCUUUACGUGUUGUGUUUUAGUUUUCAUGACACUGAAAAAUUUUUAUAAGUACUUACAAGAAAUUUUUGUCAUUUUUUGCUUGAGCUACUAACCAUUAAACUUAUUUUAAUCUCCUGCUACAAUAGCCCCCCUCCCUUUUUUUUUUCUUUUGCCGCUGUGUAGAUUUUUUUUUGUGUCAGCCACGUUGCAUUAGCUUUGGUAUGUUGUUGUUUGUUUGUUUUAAGUAUUAAGCUAUCGUAAGUGCAUAGCAUGGAGUCAGUAUACAUGUCUUUUUCUGUAAAGUAAGACUGUUAGGCUUUGAAGCCUAUUCGUAUGCUUAGUUUUGUACAUAGCACCUCAUCCUAACGAAUCAGGGUUGAACAUUAAAAUGCUAUUAAGGUCCUUCAAUUUUGUUUUGCCAACCAUUUCCAAGAAUUGUGUACAUACAAUGUCUUGCUUACAAAUUAAGUCAUGUAUCCUAUAAUAUCAAAAAUCUGUGUUCUUGUGCUUAUUUGGUUAUCGCAUUCAUAUGUUGUGAAUAUUAAAUCUGUAUUUUAAUUCCUUUUUUCAAUUUUAUGUUGACGUUUCUUUUUGAUUUUCCAUCCUUUUUUUCGUCAUUGAUUUCUUAUUUCAAAUACCUGAUAGACUAAUGCUUUGAAACUUUCACAUGGCCUCUACGUAUUAAUACCCUCUUCUGCAAAGUGUGAGCUAAAUGUUACUAAACUCUUCGACCUCUCAGCAGUGGUCUUUUACAAGGUAGCGAAACGAAAUGCAUUAUUUUGCUAUAAUUUACAUAAAUAUGUGUCCAUAUUAUUAAAGAAAUUGUAGAAAAUAAUGUAUUAAAAUGAAAUUAUGGAUUUAUCUGAACUAUUAAAUAUAAUUUUUAGAUAGAUAUGAAUUUUUUUAAAACCAAGCAAAGAAUGUCUAGAAUGUAAUAAAAUUUGUUAAGUAAAAUAUUCU